GGUGAGCAUUGGCACUAGACGACCGUCAAAAAGUGGUCGAAAGUUUUUCCUUCACAAAGAAAGUGAUUUUCUUACUGAGAUUUCGGGAAAAUAGUGGUGUUUUGUGGGUAAGAGUAGUGAAAAGUGAUUGAACAAGUGAUAUGGGUGCUGUACUUGGAUUGUGCUCAGCGGCCCAGAUGGCCUGCUGCUGCACUGGAACUGCGGUGUCGCUGUGCUGCAAUGCCUGUCCGUCUUGCAAGAACUCCACAUCCUCGCGGCUGAUGUACGCCGUGAUGCUGCUCUUCGGCGCCAUCCUGGGCGCCAUCGCGCUGGCUCCAGGACUGCAGGACACUCUCCGGAAGGUGCCGUUCUGCGCCAAUUCCACCUCUACGGCGUCCAUAGUGCUGCCCUCGGCGUACUCCUCCAUCGACUGCAGCUCCGCCGUGGGCUACUUGGCUGUCUACCGCAUCUGCUUUGCGCUGGUGUGCUUCUUCUUCCUCAUGGCGGUGAUGAUGCUGGGCGUGCGCUCGUCCCAGGACCCGCGGGCGCCCAUCCAGAACGGCUUCUGGGGCAUUAAAUUCCUGAUCGUCAUCGGGAUCGCCAUCGGCGCAUUCUUCAUACCAGAAGGCAGCUUUGGCUACACUUGGAUGUGGAUCGGGCUCAUUGGCGGGCUGGCCUUCAUCCUGGUGCAGUUGGUGCUGAUCGUGGAUUUUGCCCACACCUGGGCAGAGUCUUGGGUCUCUAACUACGAGGAGAACGAGUCUCGCGGAUGGUAUUGCGCUCUGCUCUCCGCCACUGGGAUUCAGUACAUCCUGGCCAUCACGGGAAUAGUCAUGCUCUUCAUCUACUACACCGUGGCUCACGAUUGUGCGCUCAACAAGUUCUUUAUCUCCAUCAACUUGAUCCUGUGCGUCAUCGUGAGCGUGGUUUCGGUUCUGCCAGCUGUUCAGGAGAGACUGCCCAAGUCUGGACUUCUGCAGAGCGCCAUGGUUACGCUCUACACCAUCUACCUCACCUGGUCCGCAGUGGCCAACAAUCCCGAUCGCGUGUGCAAUCCCGGCUUCUUGGGCAUCGUCGGUGAGCACAGCAACAAAGUGACGUUCGACAAGACCAGCAUCAUCGGAUUGGUGAUCUGGAUGUUCUGCGUUCUCUAUUCUUCUCUGCGUUCUGCCUCUCAAGUCGCCAGAGUGGCGAAUCCCGAUCCAGAGAAGCAAGUAUUAACAGCCACUCUGAAUGAAGAUGACAGCAAGCCAGCCACUGCUGGGGAUGAUGAUGGCAAGGUGUGGGACAACGAGGAGUCCAGCGUCGUCUACUCCUGGUCGCUCUUCCACGUCGUCUUCGCCACGGCCACGCUGUACGUCAUGAUGACGCUCACCAACUGGUAUCAGCCCAACUCCUCGCUGGAGACCAUGAACGCCAACGCGGCGUCGAUGUGGGUGAAGAUCGUGUCCAGCUGGCUCUGCCUCGGACUCUACGCCUGGAGUCUCGUGGCGCCAAUCGUGCUCGCCGACCGAGACUUCGGCGUCUAACUUCAUACAUGCAUUUCCUCCGUGGUCGCUUCAAGUCUUAUACCUUCCUAAUCUCGUGUCUGCGGAUGGAGAACGUAGUGUUUUAGUUGUGCAUCAGAGUUUUCAUGUGAUCUGGGCAGCGGCCAGUUGCCAAACAAUCCCAAGUAUAAGAUAAUCAUUCAAUUUACUCGUGUAUUUGUCUCCUGAAAUAAAUAGAGUAGCAAGUAAA